ACCACAGCAAAGAACAACUUACUUUUCUUAGAACCUAUCAUAUUCCUAUAUAUACCCUCCUAAGACACUGCUAGUCAUCAACAAGGCCAAUCAAGAAUACAGAGAAAAACACCUGCCUUAAAACUAUCCUUUUUCUUACACAAAAACUGAAAAGAUGAAGGGAAUCAUCAUUGCCAUUGCAGUGCUGGCCAUGAUUCAGGUCAUGUUUGAGCCAGGACAAGCUCUUACCUGUGGUCAAGUGGACGCUUCUUUAGCACCAUGUAUCCCUUACCUCACUCAGGGUGGUGAUCCAAGUUCAGCUUGCUGCAGUGGGGUGAAAAGCCUAAACGAAUUGGCUCAAACCACAGCUGACAAAAGGACAGCUUGCAAUUGUGUCAAGGCUGCUGCUAAUAGGUACGCGAACCUCAAAGACGAUGCAGCUCAAGCUCUUCCCACCAAGUGUGGUGUCACUAUGGAUACCCCUGUCUCCAGAACUGUUAACUGUGAUAUCAUCAAUUAAAAGACAGGAGGAAAACAAAGAGCAUCUGCAAGAAAAUAAAAAAGGAUGACUUCUCAGUGAAUCCUUAUAUUUCUUUUUGCCUAUAUUGUAUUUCUUCUCUUGUAGCGUAAAAUAAUGGUUCUGGACUCAGUGACAUUGGAGAACCAUUUUUCAGUACUCUAAGCUUUAUCAAGUUAUUCAAGCUUUCUGAUGCCAA